ACUUAUUUUUGUUUAAGAUGUUUCUUUUACAAAAAUAAAAAAUAAAAAUAAAUUAAAAAAAAGAAAGAAAUGGCUGAAACUGUGUGCCAAAAGGCUUCCUCCCCUUCGUGCGUGAAAAGCCGUGUGUGUCAUUUGCCUCACGGGCAGCAAUAAAACACUAAAACUCGGGGGGAAAGAUUGACCUUUCUGAUUCUGCACACUGACACAAACCUCUGCUGCAUUCCACUCCACUCUGCUCCACACAUUGGGCUCCACUGUUCAGCCCCUCUUAUUUACAGCCCCAGCUUUAUGGAGCUGCGUGUUUUUUCCUGUUUGUGUGUGAGAGCAACAAGAAGAAUAAAAAAAAUAAAUAUAUGAAAAACAGGGUCUGGAAAAACAAUUCAUUUGAAGCGUUAAUGGAAUAAUUAUUUCUAAAUGUUUUACUAUUUUUUCCAUAUUUUAAGAAGUUUUUUUUGUAACUAAAACUAAAUUAUUUGCCUAAUAAAAGCAAAUGAUUUUGUAAUUCAACAACACAUCAAGUUUCACUUAUGGUGAGCAUAAAAAAAUAAAUAAAGGUACUUUAAUUUAUAAGAUAAUUUUUGACAUUGCAUUUGUAUUGUUUGAGUUUAGUUUUAAGGUUGCUGGUUUGAAAGUAAAUUUACUUUAACGACCGUCAAAAGUAAACUUUAAUUCCCAAAGUUAUUUUCACAGACAAAUAAGGAAAAUAAAUUAUUAUUUGCAGCUCGUCUUCGUCUUACACUGCCAUCAACUGAUCCGACAGUUCAUAUCAAAGCAAAGUGAAGAAAAAAAAACACAAUAUUGAGCCAUUAGAAGCUCUAAGUUUUGGUUGUUUUUGUCUGGAUUCUGUGCGCUGCGGAUGUCACAAAUGGGCACGAAGAGGUGAAGGAAGGGAAACUUUUAUUGCACCACCGACUUCCUCCUCUUUGUUCUUGUCUUUUUUAUGGGUCUUUUUUUUUCACGAUCCCCAACAAGAGACCAAACACUGUCAGCUGCACGUUUAGGCAGCACGUAUUCAUCCUUUUGAAGGAAUCAAUGCGCUGAACCAAUGGGCGCUGCUGCCAGAGCCGCGGCGACUUCCAGCGGACAUUUUCAGUCGCACUAUUGAUUAUUUUAUUGAUAUCUUCCAUGGCUUGUUGCAUAAAGGGGAGUUAAUGUGACUUGUCGUUUCAAGUGCAUGCAUGAAGUUUUAUUUUCCCUUUAAGUUUAAAAGCCUUUAAAUUGAGAGAGGAUUGGGGGAAAUGGAAGAUUAAAAACAUGCUUUCCGUUUAUUUUGAAAAAAAAAAAAAAACCGAGUGUUCUAUAAUGUUGUGUUAUUUAUAUAUUUUAAAUGUAUUUAACUCAGUCCAUAGUCUCGAGAGGACUAAAAGGUUUCUUAGAAUCGCAAAAACACCUUUGAAGUAAUUUGCAACAGCCAUAAUCUGCUGCAGAGAUAAUUAUCGGUUCCUGUUUCCUCUGUGUGUGUCAGAGGAAUGUCGAGGUAAGAUUAGAACAAUGCAAAAAGGCAGGAACACGUGUAUCAGGGUUAUGGUGCAUUGUGGUUCACUUUUUUCCUGUGAAAAAAAUAUAUUUUUAAUUUGCUCCUUUCUGUUGCAAGUUGAGAACACCGURAGAGACGCUUUACGCGCGCUGCUGGACUGUUGGAGGAAUGUAUCUGCUCAACUCGAAUUUUAUUAUUAUUGUUAUUAUUAUUUAACCGGUGGAAGUAGUUCAUGAUCAGUUGCGUUACCUGCAUGAGACCCCCCCUUCCCCCCCUCUUGCUUUCCCUCCCUUCGCUGUGCAGUGCCUUUAUUCCUGAAGCUGGCUGAGUUGCAGGGAUUUGCUGCAGAGACAGUUGUUGGUGAGCUGGGGAACGUCACUUGUUUUAUUGCCCUCACAGAAAGAGAGACCAUAAACGCAUUCUUACCAGCACUACACACAUACACACACACACUCCAACCUCCCCCCCCGGCAGUUCACAAAGCAUGGAAAGAGCUCACAUGCAUGCCAGAUAAUUCAAACAUAAAGGAAACAUUAACAGUUUGUUGCGAGAUCAUUGAUCUGUCUGUAAUUAAUGCUUAAUAUUUGUGUUGAUCUUCACAGAGAGGAGAAAUGAAAGCCGCUGUUUUUUUUAACUGCGCGCACGCACACACAUACAUACACACACAUAAACACACACCAAACAACGUCAACAACUUCAAAGUUAAAUAUUCUAUAUUUACACCUCUCUGCGCGCAAGUGUUAUUGUUUUUCCAUAAGCGCACUUAAUUUGUUCAUAUUUCCUGUUUUCCUCACUCUUAUUUCCUUUCCUCUCCUCUCCCCCUGAACACGACAUGCUCUUAAACUUCACACCAACAAAGACAAAACCAAACAAAUAAAAAAGAAACUUCCUAUCCAGUCGAGCUGGAUACAGUGUACAACUCUGUGUUGUGUUUAUCGGCAUUUAGCACUGCUGCUCAAGCGCUGAGCUAAAAGCUACAGUUUCCCCUCAACUCCGGGCGUCUCAAUUGGUCGAGAAUGGUCAGCUGACAUUGUCAUAUUGUCUCUCACCGAGCCAAGCCUCGGCUAUAACACUCGGGGUUUUUUGCGUCUUAACCGGAGAUUGGAAAUUAAUAAUAUUCAAUCCUCAAAGUGGCCCCGCGUCCACUUGGAGAGGCAAGGAAAAGUCAAGGAAAAGAAAAAAAAAAGAGAGAAGAUCCUGGAGAAAGGUGUGGUUGUUUGACACAGGCGGGAGGGAGAUUUACAGAGAAGGAGAUUGGAAGAAGAAGAAGGGAAAAAAAAGAGACCGAUAAAGAAGUGGGGAGAGUUGGACUGAGGGUUACAAGCAAGGUAUGAAUUCUUAUUUCGCAAACCCGUCGCUCUCCUGCCAUUUAUCCGGUGGUCAAGAGGUUCUGCCCAACGUCCCCCUGAACUCCACCACCUAUGACACAGUCAGGCAUUUUUCGUCGUACGGCGCCGCGGUGACCCAGAAUCGGAUAUAUGCACCUUUCUACUCCCCUCAGGAGAACGUGGUUUUUGGCUCCGGCAGGGCGCAGUAUGAGUACGGAUCAAACGUGUUCCUCCAGGACAAGGACGUGCUGCCCAGCUGCAGGCAAACAAACAUGGGACUCAACUCACAGAGCCACAUUGCUCAAGAGUACAGCCUGGAUCAGGGGCGAGCAGGAGCCCAGGAGCAGAAAAGCAACAUCCCGAUCUACCCGUGGAUGCAGCGCAUGAACUCACACAGCGGAGUCGGCUACGGGACGGACAGACGCAGGGGACGUCAGAUCUACUCUCGUUAUCAGACCCUGGAGCUGGAGAAGGAGUUCCACUUUAACCGCUACCUGACCAGGCGCAGACGCAUCGAGAUCGCCAACGCGCUCUGUCUAACGGAGCGCCAGAUCAAAAUCUGGUUCCAGAACCGACGCAUGAAGUGGAAGAAAGAGAGCAACCUGACCUCCACGGUGACUGGCAGUGAACAGACAGGAGCCUCUCAGGAGGAGGAACGGGAUGGCGCAGCAGAAGAGGAGAAGAAUGAAGACAAAAAGAAGGAAUAAUGAAAAAUAAAAUAAAAUAAAAAAAACAGGAAACGAGAGGGAAAAGAAUAAAAAAAUCACCUCACGAGCAUAAAAAAACCCAACACAACUACCUAAAAAUGGACUUGAGAGCGACUUCACUGCAUGAUGGUUACCCUCGCUGCUCUUUAUUCCAUGUUAAGAGAGUGGAGAAUUAUUUCAGCCCUGUGACAUUUUGCAGCUUUGAGCUCUUUAUUCUUUUGUGUUGUUGUUAUUGUUAAUAUUAUUGUUAUUAUCAUCAUUACGAUGUCUCACAUGUAUUUGUGACAAAUAAUAAUGAUAAAAAAAGAAGUAUUAUUUUCUUGGUUAACUCACAUGCCAAGAAAUGUGUGUAUUUACCCAAUUCGUCACUGUGAACUCUUUGAUCACCUCACCAAACACAGUGUUGGUUUAGCUCAUUAUUGUACAUGCACAUUCCACGGCACUGUAUGAGGAAAGGAGCCGGCGGACACUUGGAAACUAGUACUUGAAUAAAUCCGCAGACAAAUGUGGCCCUGCAGUGUCCAGUCCACUUACAAAUAUACAAAUUAAUAAACAGCUAAAACGACUGUAUAUAAUAAAAGCAACAGUAUAUAUUACGCAAAUCCUGCGCAUUUAGCCGCUUUGUUUGAGGCGCUGCGUAAAGGGAAAAAAAAUGCGCCUUUGCCUUCCUCCCCYUCCAUGUUUUGAUUUUUUGACACAGCUUUGUUUUUUUUUUUACUUGUGAGAUACAUUUGUACACUUUUCACUUUUGUUUGAGAGUCAUUAAUGUCAUGUUUUGUCAUAUGUGUAUCAUGAAAUAAAAAUCUUUGUCCAACUUUCA